UGGAUUUUUACGCCCCUAUUCUGUGAUGUACAGGAACAUGGCGCUUUGGGGGAGAGGCGUUUCAUGAUACCAAAGGACUGUUGAUUUAUUUUUUCUGAGAUUAUGUUUAUGUAAAUAAGGCUUGGACGUUUUCAUCAAAUAUGACAGUUCGCGAAAGGUGGCCGCUGUUUUUGGUCUCUAUGGACAACGGAACGCUUCAUGUCGGAGUUGCGUUUGCUGUCGUCAGCUGAAACUCCUAGCCUCGACAUGCUAGCUCAAGCUAGUUAGCCCGGCGAGUAGCAUCUGGCUAAAACAGCCCCAAAAUGCGCUCUUAUGUGUAGCUUACACUGACAGUAAAUUGGUAAUCAAUGUUUAAAUCACGUAAUUCGGUAUUAUAUCAGCCGUUUAUUUAGGACAGUUUCAGUUGGCUAACAUUUCGUUAGCUAAACUUGGAUGAUGGAGAGACGCCAUGGGUCUGUGUUAUUGCUGGCUACCUGGAUUUUUCUGUCUGGAUGUUGGCUCUCUGAAGCUUUCCCUCUUCGGGAAACUCGCAAAACAGAUGGACACACAGGGGACGCUUUGCCUGUGUCUCUCUACCUGCCCUUGAUCGUGUCAUUAGUUGUGCUUGUGGCUCUGGUGGUGGUGCUAGUGAACUGCAUGACCUGCUGCAAGGAAAGAGAGAUCGACUUCAAGGAGUUUGAGGACCACUUUGAUGAUGAGAUCGACUUCACUCCGCCAGCAGAGGACACGCCUUCUAUGCAGUCUCCGGCUGAGGUUUACACCCUCGCUGUGUCUCCCGUGCCACUGCCAGGACCCCCGCAUCUGCAGCCUCUGGCCAGCAUCACAGAAUCAUCAAGUGGUUUCAAAGUAGGACGCCACAGUUUGAGUUACAUCCAGGAGAUUGGAAAUGGCUGGUUUGGUCAGGUCCUGUUGAGUGAAAUAUACACAGACCCUGGGGGAGCCAGAGUGGUGGUAAAGGAGUUGAAAGCAAGUGCCAGUGCUAAGGAGCAGAAUGACUUUUUGCAGCAGGGGGAUCCAUACAGAGUGCUGCAGCAUCCAAACAUCCUCCAGUGCCUCGGACAAUGCGUCGAGGCCAUCCCCUUCCUGCUUGUGUUUGAGUAUUGUGAAAUGGGGGAUUUGCGAAGCUAUCUAUCUCAGCAGGAUUGGACGUUGAGAAACGCUGAGUUGCUGCAGCUGCAGAGGAUGGCCUGCGAAAUUGCUGCUGGUGUCACUCACCUUCACAAACACAACUUCCUGCACAGUGAUUUGGCCCUAAGGAACUGCUACUUGACCUCAGAUCUUACAGUUAAAGUGGGAGACUAUGGGAUCGGACCCUACAGAUAUAAAGACGAUUACAUCAUCACGGAGGAUGAUGUGUUCGCACCCCUGCGGUGGCUGGCUCCUGAACUGGUGGUGGAGCGCCAUGGGGGGGUGAUUACGAUGGAGCAGACAAAGGCCAGCAAUGUGUGGGCUUUGGGGGUCACAUUAUGGGAGCUUUUUGAGAAUGCCACUCAGCCGUACCCACACCUGCAUGACCGGGAGGUUCUACAUCAUGUAAUCAAGGAGCAACAAGUCAAACUGUUCAAACCGCAACUAGAGCUUCCUUAUUCUGACAGAUGGUAUGAGGUGUUGCAGUUCUGCUGGCUCUCCCCUGAGAAGCGGGCCACAGCCGAGGAAGUGCACCGUUUGCUAAUCUAUCUGCGAAUGCAAGGCCAGAAGGACAUGGAGGAAGAUUUCGAGCAACGCUGGGAUGCACUGAAGCCUAAUCCCGUCACCCGACAGACUGCUAACCACUCGUCUUUCCCGAUCCUGGACCAGUUUGCCGACGAUGCUUUGCGACAAGAGAUAGACGAAGUUUUGACCAUUACAGAAACGAGCAAAGGUCUCAGCUUCGAGUACGUUUGGGAAGCAGCCAAGCAUGACCACUACGACAGCAGCCACGGCCGAUCAGACAUGGACACUACCUUAAACUACCAGAGCAUGUUCUUCCCUGUUUCUAGGGAGGACAUCCAGGCUCAUUUCCCCGAUCCUCUACCCAGGGCAGGAGGAGCUGAAAGUGGGAACUCUGCAUUAGGAGUUCCUGGGAUUGUCCCAGUGUUUAAUUCGCAGGAGUCAUCAAACGGGAAUGAAUAUUAUAUCCAGCUUGAGGAGCAAGGCGAGAGCGCUGACGGGGACGUUGAGAACGCAGAACAGGACAUGGGCUUCACUUCUAUCCAGAAAGACUUUGUUGUGCUUCAAGAUGUCCGUCUGGACGAGUCGAGCACGGAUGCUGACUUUUUCCACCAAAGCAUCGACUCAAAGGAUUCAUAUUUACCAGACAGCCACAUCUGGUCAUCUCUAGAAAACGACAGUCCGUACCACACCAACAUUUUCACUGAAGAGGGGUCAAAGCACGAAGACUCCCCCUCCUGGAGGCAGAACUUUCUGGAGCUCCCGGAGCGCAGUGGGAACCCUUUUCUUGAUGAAGCUUUGGAAGUCGAAGACGUGAACCCAAAUCCGAGCUAUUUUUUAGAGGAGGGGGACACCUGUCACCAGCCGGUUGCUAUGGAAGGAGAGCAGGAAAACACGGAUGCAAGGAGGCGUCUGGAGACUGAAAAACUGUCUGAUAAUUUUUUGUUUCUCAGAGAACAGAACCUGAUGAAAGAGGACUCGAGCUUCUCAAAUCCACUGCAGAACUUUCUCUUACCGGGCAUUGUCCACGAACCCGAGGAAACAUUCAAGAUGAACUCCUGGGACAACUUCGACACUUUAGGCAGCUUAAACACAGCAGAUACACAUUUGAGUCCUGCAACAAGUAGCACAGCCUCAACAGGGGAUUUUUUAGACUCUCCAAGCACCAACUUGGGGCCGUUUUUGAUAGAAAAUAAAACUCUGGUGCCUUCCAUUACAGUGGUUGCAGAUGACAAAACAGACAGCCAGGUGCCAGUCAGUAACGGUUCUUCCACUGAAGACCUCACUCUGCUCCAGUCCUCAGACAGGACUGCAGACUCCGGUUUCAAUUCUACCUCACAGAGGUUUGAGCACAUCACUAACAGUAUGGAUGGCCAUAUCCCUUUUUGCUCUGACAGUGCCACUACAGACUCUUUGUCCACAGAUGCCAAAAUCCCCAGCCUUGAAGAUGACCACGAAGUCUCAAAGGUCAUAGGAAGUGAAAUGCCUGAAAAUCUCCCAGUUCAAACAAUCCCUUCUGAAAAUGGACAGAACGAUGACCUAACGAGCAACGACCUUCUGAGUGAGCUGAUUGAGGACGCAGAUCUAGACCUGGAAACAAAUCUGUCUGAUCAGGAAGAAUCUUUCCUGGAGACUAACGGACACCCACUCGUUAGAUCCUCUCUCCUCGUGUCCGGUCCUUCCUUGGAUCAGAUAAGCCAGGAUAGCUUAUUGGAAGACAGCAUGUCCACCACCGUCCCGACGGUGGACAAUUCAGCUGAAACGCCAGAUUCUCUCGACUCUCUCGACAUUCAUCGGCUGGCGGAGCAGGCGGAGGAGCUGAAAGCUCAAAUCUCCCAAAAUAAACUUCAGCCUCCGUACAAAAUAUCAGACAGCGGCUAUGAGACGGAGAACCUGGAGUCUCCCGAAUGGAACUCGCAGCCCAACGUCGCAGACUGCUCCCCUGUGAAAAAUGACGUUGGCGUUUCCAUCGAAGAGGAGUCGGAAGAGCUUUGUGCUUCCACCAAUUUGGUCCCCCCCAAAAUAGUCAUCUCUGAGGCUGUGGGUAUGCUCGAAACUCGCGGUGUGGAUCCAAGCGAGGAUCACCGGCCAGACCACGGAGAUCCUGCAGAAGAACCACUCACUGGUAGCAACUACAGAGACUCCGCCUACUUUUCGGAUAAUGAAUCGGAACCAGAGAAAAAGGCAGAGGAGUCGACCGCAGGAAGUUCUGCAGAAGUCGCAUGGAUGAGGAACACUGAAGGUCAGAUGCUGGAAGCUUACAAGGAAAGAGAUAUUGAUGCUUUAUUUUCCCAAGAAGAUUCCUCUGCACCUGUUGAUGUUGAGGACCUGCAUCUAGAGGCGACUUCAGAUAUUAGAGAGGAGCUAAAAAGCGAAGUGGCAGAAGCUCACAAUGGAAAAGAAACGGAAACGGAGAAUCACCAGGACUCGUUUCCUGAAACACUGAGUCCGACAGAAGGUCUGGAAACCUCCCCUCUCCCAUCCGAUCCCGCCACAAAGCCGACACUAGAGGGCGCUGUUCACGCUAAACUGACCAGAACCUACGCCCACGACGGUCAUAAAAUCAAAGAGCCCGACGUGGAGGGCCGCUACCUGGGCAGGUGCGACGGUCCGGGUUUAGAAGGACAAGAAGACGGCGUCGACGCCGACGAGGAGGACGAGAACAGCGAGGACUCCGACGACGACAUGCGCGCGUAUCAGCUGCACAGCUCCAGCGAGGACAGCGAGGACGAAGUCGUGCACGCCGUGCCCAUUAUUGUGUCGGACGACACCAGCGGCAGGAACCUGAAGAGCCUGCUGAAACCGACCAACCUGAACAUCGAAGCUCCGUCUUCCUCGUUUGCAUCCAGGCACAAUGCAGAGAACUCCAGGAGAGCGGUGUCGUUCUUCGAUGAUGUCACAGUCUACCUGUUUGACCAGGAGACGCCCACUAAGGAACUGGGAGACCACUUGUCUGGUUUGAGCAGUCAGUCCCCAGAGCUCAGCAGCCCCGUGUCCACAGCCAGCUACCUGAACCGCUUUGCUAACUCUGAAAGCUCAACAGACGAAGAGGGUGGUGGUUUUGAGUGGGACGACGACUUCUCCUCACCCGGACCUGCCUUCCUCUCCAAGAGUGACAAAGACCCCGUCUCUAAGGACGUGUCCUCUACUCCCCAGUCAGUCGGACGCGUGCUGCAGCCGAGCUGGAGCAGCUCCUCCACCUACUCCCGUUUCUCCAUUUCACCGGCAAACAUCGCCAGCUUCUCCCUGACGCAUCUCACCGACUCCGACAUCGAACAAGGAGCAAAUGUGCAUUCUUGGAGUCUCUAUACUCCAGGUAACUAUUAACCGAUUACUAAAUUAGUUGACGAUUAUUUCUAUAAUCAAUUUUUCACGAUUGAUUUGAUUAAUCAGCCCUAAUCAAGUUGGUGUUUU